AAAAUUAAAAUCAUGUCCUAUUUUCUUUCAAAAUUUUUAAUUUUAGCAAUUUUUGUAUUUAAUUUAAAUUAUAAAGUGGAAUGUAGUUGUCUUCAAAUGACAAAUGGAGUCCCAAGCUAUUCAAAUGGCCCCGAUUGUGUUCAAAUAAGUAAUGGCGGUAAUAGUCAAGGAGAAUCAAUUUUUUCACAAAAUGUUGGUAAUAAAAAAUCCCAACAAAAUGGUUGUAGCUCUGCUUGUGUUGGGUCUAUGUGUGUUAAAACAUGUAAUUGA